AUGGAGCUUGUGCCUGAAGACCUUCACCCUGCGACCCUCCGCGCUCUGCUGCUGUCAUGCGUCACGCUGCUGGUGAGCGUGCACCUGUGGCGCUGGCUGCGCGCGCUCUCAGGGCCCGCGCUCCCGGGGCCCUUCUCUUGGCCCAUCAUCGGGAACGCGGCGCAGAUGGGCAGCACACCGCACAAGUACUUUGCGCGUUUGACGCAGAAAUAUGGAAACGUGUUCCAGAUCAAAUUGGGCUCACGGCCCGUGCUCGUGCUGAACGGAGCCUCCAUCCGCCAGGCGCUGGUCAAACAGGGGCCAGAGUUCGCGGGGAGACCGGACUUUGCCUCCUUCAAGUACGUGUCCGAGGGGAACGGAGUGGCCUUCAACACCCCCACGGACUGGUGGAAGACGCACCGCAAAGUGGCACAGUCCUCACUGCGCAUGUUCUACCAGGGGAACCCCGAGACCAAGCUGACCUUCGAGCGUCACAUCCUGAGCGAGUGCAGAGAGCUGCUGCAGCUGUUCGUGCAGAAGACCCGGGAGCAGAGCUACUUCGUGCCGCUGAAUUAUCUGGUGGUGUCCACGGCCAACGUGAUGAGCGCGCUCUGCUUCGGGAAGCGUUACGCCUACGAUGAUGAGGAGUUCCAGCAGGUGGUGGGCAGGAACGACCAGUUCACUAAGACCGUGGGCGCGGGCAGCAUCGUGGACGUGAUGCCCUGGCUGCAGUACUUCCCAAACCCCAUCAAAACCAUCUUUGACAACUUUAAGAAACUCAACCUGGAGUUCGGCGACUUCAUCAGGGACAAAGUGGUGGCGCACCGGAAGACCCUGGAGAACGGGGUGAUCCGUGACAUCACAGACGCAUACAUCGUGGCGCUGGACAGUCUGCGGCACCGCCCCGGGAUAACCCAGGACCAGGACGUAGUUAGUCCCAUCGUGGGGGACGUGUUUGGGGCGAGUCAGGACACACUGUCCACGGCGCUGCAGUGGAUCAUCCUCAUCCUCAUCAAAUACCCGCACAUGCAGCGGCGCCUCCAGCAGGAAGUGGACCAGGUUCUGUGCCGCAGCCGCCUCCCCUCCCUGGACGACCAGCCACGCCUGCCCUACGUCAUGGCCUUCAUCUACGAGGUCAUGCGUUUCUCCAGCUUCGUCCCGCUCACCAUCCCGCACGCCACCACGGCCGACACCAGCAUCCACGGCUACCCGGUCCCCAAGGACACCGUGGUCUUCGUCAACCAAUGGUCUCACAACCACGACGCCAAGAUGUGGGAGGAGCCCGAGGCCUUCGAGCCGGCGCGGUUCCUGACGGCAGAAGGAGCCCUGGACAAAGACCUCGCCGGGAGCGUUCUGAUCUUCUCUGUGGGGAAACGGCGGUGCAUCGGCGAGGAGCUGUCCAAGCUGCAGCUGUUUCUGUUCACGGCACUGCUGGCUCAUCAGUGUGACAUCACAGCGGACCCCUCCAGGCCACCGUCCAUGGGCUUUGAGUACGGGCUGACGCUGAAGCCGCACGCGUACCAUAUUGCGGUGACGCUCAGGGACCAUGUGAGCAUGACAGAGGGGGCCACAGAGGGGCUGCACAGCCUGAAGCAGUCACUGCACAGCCUGAAGCAGUCACUGCACAGUCUGAAGCAGUCACUGCACAGCCUGAAGCAGUCACUGCACAGCCUGAAGCAGUCACUGCACAGUCUGAAGCAGUCACUGCACAGUCUGAAGCAGUCACUGCACAGCCUGAAGCAGUCACUGCACAGUCUGAAGCAGUCACUGCACAGCCUGAAGCAGUCACUGCACAGUCUGAAGCAGUCACUGCACAGUCUGAAGCAGUCACUGCACAGCCUGAAGCAGUCACUGCACAGUCUGAAGCAGUCACUGCACAGCCUGAAGCAGUCACUGCACAGCCUGAAGCAGUCACUGCACAGUCUGAAGCAGUCACUGCACAGCCUGAAGCAGUCACUGCACAGCCUGAAGCAGUCACUGCACAGUCUGAAGCAGUCACUGCACAGUCUGAAGCAGUCACUGCACAGUCUGAAGCAGUCACUGCACAGUCUGAAGCAGUCACUGCACAUCACUGCACAGCUGAAGCAGUCACUGCACAGUCUGAAGCAGUCACUGCACAGCCUGAAGCAGUCACUGCACAGUCUGAAGCAGUCACUGCACAGCCUGAAGCAGUCACUGCACAGUCUGAAGCAGUCACUGCACAGUCUGAAGCAGUCACUGCACAGUCUGAAGCAGUCACUGCACAGCCUGAAGCAGUCACUGCACAGUCUGAAGCAGUCACUGCACAGCCUGAAGCAGUCACUGCACAGUCUGAAGCAGUCACUGCACAGCCUGAAGCAGUCACUGCACAGUCUGAAGCAGUCACUUUGA